UGCUUCAUUGUGUCUGCUGAGGUUGCAGUAAAUCUUACUUUUAUUGAUAAUUCCUGUAUUGUAACAACAUAUUAUUUGCAACUGAUAAGACUUUAAUAUUUACUGGGGACACGAAUAAGUGUGAGAAGAUUUUAUCCAUCAGAUAUAACGUUUUGAUCAAGGUUUCAGCAAAAAGGGAUUUGAGAAUAAAGACUGAAAAUGGCGGUAGUUGCUGGUUUUGGUCCACUGGUAUCUUAUAUUGGUGCUGAAGAGGGUGUUGCUCUACAGGCUGACAAUGGCCAGUUCCUCAGCUGUAUUGAUCGCUCAAAUAUUUAUAACAUAGAAGCUGCCAAGAGCACCAAAGACCCUUGGUGCAAAUUCAUAGUGGAGAAAGUCAAUGAUUCGAAAGUCCGGCUCAAAGACCAGAGGGGUGUUUACCUCAGUCGAAUUCACAGGUCUGGUGUCGACCAUAUCGAGGCAGCCAAAGCUAAGCCUGAUGUAUACUGUGAGUUCAGUGUCUUCACCAGGAAUGGGAAAGUCAUAUUUAGAGCCGACAAUGGCCUGUUCUUAAGUCGAUGUUUUCGGGUUAAUCAGAACAUCGAAGCUGUUAAAGAAGGUGUUGAUGAAUAUUGUGAAUUUGCACUGAGUAUCGGGGAUAUCGUUAGCCCCAUAUUUGAAAUUGUCAAUAUAGAUUUUGGAAAAAUCCCAGACCUGAGCGACAAGCCAUCUGUGGUGAAAACCGACUACUACAUCAAUGAAAGCAGCGUGAAUCAAUCCCACACCUUCAAACUAAACUGGACGGACACAGUCACAGAGACCACGACUUGGACCCACACAUGGGGGGUGUCCUCUACUGUGUCUUCUGAUUUUAAAUUAUUAAGUGUCCAAGUCAACAUCUCAUACUCAGGACAGUAUGGCACCAGCUCCUCAAAACAGAAAACCAUCUCCAUGUCAGAGGAAACUACCAUCACAAUUCCUCCCAAAACCAAGAUCACAGUGAAACUGAUGGUCAACAAGGAUGAUGAUGCUGAGAUUCCCUUCACAGCUACAAUCAAGAAGACCAAGGCCAAUGGAGAGGUUCAGAUGUUCACUGAGAACGGCACCUGGAGGGGUGUGGCUUAUGAAAACGUAAGGCUUAAAAUCGAAGAAGCCAAAGUGUAAGAACAGAUAUAGAAGUUCAAAGUGUAUGGAGUGAAUUAACAAAUCAAGCUUUCAAAUAUAAUCAUAUAAAAUCCAUAUUUUAUCAAGGGGAUUCAAAUAUAUUGUGCUGUUAAUAAUGUCCAUGACUUAUAUAAUCAAUCUGAGGAAGCUAAUAUACAUAUGUUGGUAUUGUGGGAUACUUUUAAUGUAAGCUUUGUUUUUGUGUUUAAAUUUAAAAACUAUGUAUUGCAAUUAAUGGGAAUCUUUUAUUUCUGCUAACAUAAACUGAAACUGUAUUAUUGUCUCUUCAUCUGUGUGGGUGUUUAUUUGAAUUAUUCUUACAAAUAAAGAUAUUUUUUCCAUCAUA